AUCGUUUUCUGUGUCACUUGGAGAUAUGAAGAUCUUUAUCAUCGCACUAUUCGUAGCUUUGGUGGUAGCCGAGCCGCCCCCGUCUAAUAGUUAUCUCCCGCCUCCGCCUGGCGGAAAUGGUUACUCUCAAAUCCAAACCUUCGAAGCUCCUGAGAUAGUGGCUGCUCGGAGUCUGGAAGCUUCCCAUGGGCAGGCGCGUGGUACCUCUGGGUCGCUUGGACAAGACUACCACGACGUCCAUGGUAAUGGAUUUGGAAGGAAUGCUCUUCGCGGAUAUGAAUCUCCUCAAGCCAGAUUCAAUGGAAAGCAAAGUUACGACAAUGCGGCAUCAUUUGGAAGAAAUGCUUUUGACGGAGCCAAUACUGAACCAGCUAACUACAAUUUCGGGUACAUGGUGAACGAUCGGGAAGGCACAGAGUUCGGCCACCAUGAGGAGAGACAGGAGCAGCGCGCCCAAGGAGAAUACCACGUGGUACUCCCUGAUGGCAAGAAACAGACAGUAAACUACGAGGCGGACGAGCAGGGUUUCAAACCACAAAUAUCCUACCAAGAUACUGACGUGAGCCGAUCGGGAUAUGACAACAACGCUCAGCCAUUUCGCGCCAAUGGUCGCGGUAACUAUGGCAACGCGCGCUCUAGUGGCUACUGAGCGAAUUAAAAAUGUGAC